AUGGCUCGUAGCAUACACAGGAAGAACAAGCUCAAAAAAGCGCUGAUCGGCACCGUAAAACGGGCGCAGGAUGGAAGACGGGAGGAGGAUGGCAACAGUGCCUCCUCCUGGUGGAGAUAUGCAACCAGAAACCAAAGUAACAAUAUCAGUCCUUGCGACGUACGUGUUUGGACUCGUCGGUGUGGCAGAGUAAUGUUGGUGGCACUCGUGGGAAUUUGUCCUUUCUAUUGGGACAUGCUGUGGAAGUCGACACGAACGUUACAACAAAGCUUGAUGAUGACCACCACAUUACAACAAACCUUGAUGAUGACGGCAAAAGCAGCUGACAAGGUUGGAGGCAUCCAAAUUGAAUUGGAUUCCAACGCCACGCUGUUUAAAGACUUGAUAUCAAUCCAACAUUUCCCUCAAAGCGCUCAAAUUGUUGUGGAACUGCGGAAUGGAGCCAAGUGUCCACGGCCCUAUCUCAUGGCGAGGCUUUCGGGACCAGCCUUGAUCCUGCUCCAAAAUUGGACCUGGAGCGACAACCAAAAAACGGGUCCAGGGACAACCAUGGCAGCUACCUAUCAAACACCUAUUGGAGGAGAGUACUUCCUAGAAGUCGCAGCCUUAUUCUGUCACGAUGCAUUCUAUGACAUGGUGGAUCUAAACAAUAUUGCCAAGCUGCCUCGGAAUCAAGACUGGCUCAAAGAUGACAACAAAACGGCAGACGGCAUGGCCAAUGUACUUGCAAUCAACUUUACUGGAACCUGUAUGGAAAACCCAUUCCGGCGUCGAUUAACAGCACCCAAGGCAUCCAUUUGGGUCACUCCUGAAAUGGCAAAACGAACUCGACAACAGUUCCAAAGCCAACAGUGGGCAGGAUAUUGGCAUAACCACAAGUCCCUGCCAUCUUCCAUUAGCAGCAAUGACACCACUACGACACUGCAUCCACCAGUCUAUUUGCGACAUCAACCCUUUGAGUGUUACUGGUCACUCAUGACUGGCAAGGCACAGGCAGACCAUUGCUUCGUAGCUGACAACAGAAAUCAAUUCAAUCCCUAUGAAUUUCGCUGGACCAAGGUGCCCACCGACAGCAACAAUAGAAACAGCAAUCCACUGCUACCAGCCACUACAACAACCACAAAGGAUUUAUCACUAUCAUUAUUGAAACAAUCAGCCCCCCAAAUUGUGUGCUUUGUCGGAUUCAGUCACUCAAAAGAGUUGAUGGAAGCUGGAGAACGACUUGGAAUAAACCCCAACACAACCAAUAUAGAAUUGAAAUGGGUCCAAGCCAAAUUUCCGAACGACUUUAAAGCCAAAGAUGUCAUCCAAUCGCAAUGCACCCAUCUCAUUGUUGCCAUUGGACAGUGGCCUGCAAGUUGUUACUAUCAUGGCAAACCAACUCUAUUGGAUGAAUACUAUCCUCAAAUGCAAGGUGUCUUCCAACAGUUGGUUGACGCUGGUAUUAGCACAAGUAAAGUGUUUGCCCGCCCCAUACACUACAAUGGACCAAGUGGACAAAUCAGUGGAGCAUGUCCUCCCAGGGACUGGAGGAGCCCCAUGGUAUUGGAUGCCUACAAUGGCAUUGUUCAGAGAGUGUGUUUGGAGUACAAUGUGACCUAUCUGGUGGAUCACUUCGUACAUACACCUAUAUGGGACAGCAAUCCAGAUUGGACACAUCUCUUGCCGAGAACGUCGGAGGCCAAUGUGUUUUACCUGAUUGCUGCUGCAAUGGGAAUGGGGAAUCAUUAACUAUUGUGCAUAGAUUGGACUGGAGGACUGUAAAAUAAUUAUGAUGCACAGAAGCAUGGCUACCGAUAGCACUCCUUCGAUGAGUUCCGUUUGUAGUCCCCUUUAAUGAGACGUCUUCUUGUCAUCUUUAUUUCCGGAAGCAAUGGAGGACAGUUUCGCUUGGUGUUGUUUCCUCUGCUCCUUGAUGUGCAUCCGUAUAUUCUUGUUGUUACGCAUGAUUCAAUGGUUGAACAAGAGUAUAAUCCCAAUGAUCGUAUUUGCAAUUGACACAUCCCUGCGGUGGUCCGUCGGGACAGUUCUCGGCACUACAGACCGCCGUGAUCAAGUGCGUGAGGGCCUUUGUCGUAGGAUCAAAGACCAGACUGGGCCGUUCUCGUGUGGCUACUGUAAUGGUGGUGGUCGUCGUUGCAGAAUCAUUAUCCUCCACGGGAAUUUGGGUCGUAUACGGUUGCCCUUGCGACUUGUACCAGUGAAUGCCAUCGCUAGAAAAGACAUGUGCCGACACGGUCGAUUGGACACAGUCGUGUCCAUGUGGAGGAUUUUCUUGUGUAUCGUACAAAUGAUAAAUAACAUGAAAGGCG